AUGUUGAACAAUGAACUUUUGUUGAGAUCAGAACUUGGUAAGCCAAAGCGAAGAGGUUACAAUAUUGAACAUAGUGGAUACGAUGCUUUUGGACGACCCAAUGAAAAAGGAUGUUCUGGAGCUUCAGAGGCUUUAGGAGGUUGGGGAACCACAGAAAUCUCAACAUUACCAUUCCAUAGAAAGGAAAAGCCAAGUGAAAGAGAUUUUAUAGAGUUGAACAAAAUUGCUGUGAGCUCUGGUAUAGUUAAUUCCGGUGAAAAUUAUGCUUACAGAGCUACCAAUGAUGUAAGAAGAAAGCCAGCUGGUACACAGAGCAAGCCAAGACCACGACGUCAGCCUCCCAGCAUGGUGUACGGAAUCUCUACUAGACCUUCCACCCCCAUCUUUGAUCUUUUAGAGCAUAAAUAUCAAGACAAAUGGCUGCAACAGAGAGAACAAGAUGAAUUGGCAAAAAAGAAGGAAAAUACAAAGAAAAGGCAUUCUGGUGUGGUUUAUGAAACAAGAGCAUCCUUAUUAAGAACCUAUCAAAAUCCUGUUGAAUCAGGUCCAUUAUGGCAACUUCCAAAAUUCAAAAAUUCUGCAAAACCCAACCUUCAGACAUUCCGAACAAAGAAUCAAGAAGGUGAAGCUUUUGACAACUUUAAAUCCGAUAAAAUUGCUAGGAAAGGAGAUUUAGGACAUGGUGUGUAUGAAUCUGCUAAGAAUUAG